AUGGCAUCGUCUUUGGAGGAUCUUCUAGCAGAAGAUGGGUUUAAAGGAAGAAAAUCAUUGACCAGGUCGAGGACAUCCUACCAUUCUGGUUCAACUAUACGUCAUUUUCCUAAUUCAGAAGAACACAGGAAACAUUCCAUGUCAGGAGAUAGAAUAAGACCAGAGAAAACAAGGUCUGAUGUGUCUCAGUAUGGUGUGAGAAAUAAUCUGCCAACAGGUGAUGAUAUUAGAGGUAGGAGACCAAGAGAAGAUCUUCUUGUAAGAGACAAAAUAGGAGGAGGAUCAAAGAAAGAAAUUAGGGAUGGACUUGGAGGAAAAGGUCCUACCAGCUGCAGUGUGUGGGAAGCUAGAAGUUUAAAUAGCAUUUUUCCCCAGAAUCAGGCAGCAAAUGAGAUAGUUGAGGUUGAUGAUGAAGACUUUGAGAGAUACAAGGACAUAUAUUCAAAUGAACUGUAUAGCUCAGAAAGAAGGAAGGAUAAGUAUUCUGAUGGAAGUAUGGAAAACGAAGGAUUUGAAGAGAGGUCAAAGAAGGAGACAGAGGUGGAUAGGAGACAUAGCCACAGUUCAAGUUCAAACAAACAUGUGGCUGGACGUACAAGUUUUAGUGAGAAUAAUAGGCAAAGCAGGAAACAGCCUGAGACCUCUCAUGACAGAUCAAGGAGAGAUUCAUCAUAUAGCAAAAAUUCUGAAGAUGCUCGUGGUCAAAAGCAUGACAAAGUCUUACAGGCAGUUUCUGAACCCGCUCUCGAUGAAAUUUGUAUCAAAGCCAUGGUCUCCAUCCUAAGUGGAUAUAUUAAACGUUUUCUCAAAGAUGACAACUUCCGGAGUGCACUAAGAGACAACCGUAUCUCCUCCCUAAACUUUAUUCAUCAGGAAGAAGGGCAUUCUGAGAGCAGAAUCAUAGCCAGCCUUGAGCAGGCAAUUGAAACAGUGGAAAAGGCUGCAGAGGAAUCUGCAAGUGAAAAGGAUUUAAAAAGAGCUUCUUUGCAGCUUAGUGUUAUUACAGGUUUGAACUCAGCUGAUUUGAAGGAUGGAUUUACAUCUGGGGUUCCUAACUAUAAAUUGUCAGCUUGUGCUCAUCUCUACCUCAGUGUGGUGUAUAAGCUGCAGAAGAAAGACAGGGUAUCAGCUAAGCAUCUUUUGCAAGUGUUUUGUGAUACACCCUUUCACGCAAGAACGACAUUGUUGCCUGAAUUAUGGGACCACCUGUUUCUUCCGCAUCUUUCACAUUUAAAGGUUUGGUAUGAUCAAGAAGCUGAUUCUCUAGCAGAUAGACAAAACAAGCCAAGGAAACUGAAGCUUUUAGGAAAAGCAUACAAUGAAAUUUUAGAUUCUGGUACUUACCAAUUUGCAGUUUACUACAAGGACUGGCUUACAGAAGGAGCUGAAUCUCCUUCAAUCCCUUCCAUUCCUAUACCAUCUGUAUCUCUUCAGGAAGUUCAGCAGGGAGGUUCUCAUAGUCAUUCUUCAGAGGCCCCUAGUCCAGGUGGUCCCCAGUCAAUGGUCAGCAAAAGACUGUACGAUUCUGUUUUUGGUCGUUCAAGUAAACCUGAAUCUGAUGAGGUUGAAGAUGAUGGAGAUAUAGAAAACUUUGAUAGUUGUAUGAGAAGUUCUGAUGGUUCAGCUGAUGCUAAACAAACAAGUCAGCACUCUUAUGAAACAGUUCAAUAUAGGUACCAAGAUGUUGAAGAAGAAUCCACUAAGAGUGCACCAGAAGAUGGAUUUCUUUCUGAAAAUGGACUCCUAAUGACAGAAGAACAAAAGUGGGGUUAUCUUGGAGUGAGUGAUCUACCAAAAAGUGACCUAAAUCAUCACUUUGAUAACAUAUGUGGAGAAAAUACAGAAAGCACCCAGAUGCUGCAUGCAUCAGCAUGUGCAAAAGAGAAUAAGCUUACCCUCAAAACCCGUGAAAAAUCCAAUUAUGAACAGCAACGAGCGGAGGGUUCUACUGUUUCAAAUUGCAGUGAAGCAUCAAUUGCCAGCUCUAUUCCAAUCAAAGAAAGGUCUUCUUUCGAAGAGUUACAUGGAAAUUACUUUGAAGAAGGAAUCAUUUUCUGGAGCAUUCCCCAGGACUUCAUUUGCCCUCUAACUGGAAGGUUGUUUGAAGAUCCAGUGACUCUAGAGACUGGUCAAACCUUUGAGCGGUUAGCCAUCAAGGCAUGGUUUGAUAAAGGAAACAGAACAUGUCCUGUGACAGGAAAAUCAUUGGAAUGUCUAGCAGUGCCUCUUCACAACCUCAUCUUAAAGCGUGUGAUUCAUAGUUGGAAAUCUGAACAUUGUAGGAAACUCUUGGCUUUUGCCUCUCAAGUAGUGGGAACCUCAGGGAUAGAUGGAUCCAAACACUAUGAUGAGAGAGCUAUCUUCAUGCUAGAGCAGCUUCUCACUUGUUUCAGCAAAGAGGAAAGGACAGAAAAUGCCAAGCACCUUACGUCUCUUGGAGGCUUGCAGUUUCUUCUUCAAUGGUUUGAAUUAGGAAAGGUGGAAGAGAAAUCUCGUGCUGCAGCGCUGUUGUCCUGUUGUAUAGAAGCAGAUGCAGAUUGUAGGAAUAUAAUAGCAAGAGACAUUAACAAACAGUAUGUUAUGGAACUACUUCAGAGCAAGCAGAUUAAGAUAAGAACAAAUGCAGUGUUGUUGUUGACAGAACUGAUUUGCCUGAAGAGGAAGAAAGAUGUCACAACAUUUCUCAGUGGCUUGCAGAAUGAAGGGAUUGUGAAUACAAUGGAUGUUUUGCUUGUGUGUCUCCAGAGUUCUCCAGCCAAUCACAGACCCUUGGUUGCAGUACUUUUGUUACACGUAGAUCUUCUGAUGAAAAGUCUCAUGGGAGGUGAAUCAGAGCUGAGGGCAGCCCUCGUUAACGAAACGCAGCUAGAUGACUCAGAAAGGGGUAGGGGAGGGGUAGAAGUAGAACCUCAGAAGUAUGGCAUGCAUAGAGAGGAAGCUGUUGAUGCAAUUACAGAGGCUCUUGAUUGCAGCUUAACUGAUGCAAAUGUCCGAGAGAAUUGUUGCAAAGCACUUCUUAUCUUGAGAAGGUACUUCUCUUUCUCAGGGAAAUCGUUGUCGCGAAGUUGGAUCUUAAAGCCAGCAGAUUUUAGUGGCAGUUGUGAAGUGAAUUCAAUUGACAACGAAGAUGGUUCACUGGCUCAUGGCACAUCUCCAUCGGAUGAUGAAGACAAUUCCAUUGAAGAUUGGUUGAGGAACUUGACAGUUACACUGCUUGGUAAUGGGAAAAAGUCUUUUUUAGAAACCCUUUCAAAGUGUUUAGGAUCUGAAAACUUGGAUUUGAUGAGGGUGUGCCUAAUCACUGCGGAAUGGUUGACCCGUGCACUUUCUUCACUAUCUGGUUCUGAGUUUCAGCUCACAGCCUUCUCAUCUCUCAUUUUUCCACUGAAAGAGAGGCUGAAGAAUGGUGAGCAGGUUGAGCAGAAGAUCCUUGCUUCGGUGUCUAUGCUCAACUUCAGCAAAAUAUCUGAAUCUGUCGAUGCAUCACUCGAUGGAGACGAUUGA